CGCGAUAAAGCUUCGACAAACAUUGUUUGCCUUACAUUAUAUUUUUAUACUUUUAGUUAACUUAAAUCAUUUACUGCAAUAUAUAUAAUUUUUGAAGCAAAACUAUUGUUUAAAAGUACUAGUUAUUUAACUAAGUUAGUUAUUACCAUAUGUACAAGUAGUUACAAGACAAUAACUUGAUCGCAAGUCUAUAUACACUCUGUGGAUAAGGUCGUGACGUGAAACGACGACGAACCUUCUUUUGCAGACUUUCGUAUGAUUGCCACUUUGCUUUAUCUUUUAAUACACCUCAGACGCGCCGGUCACACGAUAUUAAAAGUAAUAAUGGCGGAACAACGCGAAAGAACUUUCAUCAUGAUUAAGCCCGAUGGUGUCCAACGUGGACUCGUUGGAACCAUUAUCGAGCGGUUCGAGAAGAAAGGCUUCAAGUUAGUCGGCCUGAAAUUCGUCUGGCCCUCUGAAGAGCUGCUGCAGAAACACUACAGCGAUUUAGCGUCCAGGCCCUUCUUCCCUGGUCUAGUGAAAUACAUGAGCUCUGGUCCGGUGGUUCCUAUGGUGUGGGAAGGUCUGAACGCUGUGAAAACCGGCCGUCAAAUGCUUGGUGCUACAAACCCCGCUGACUCACUACCCGGCACAAUUCGUGGCGAUCUCUGCAUCCAGGUUGGUCGUAACAUUAUCCACGGUUCUGACAGUGUGGAGUCGGCUAACAAGGAAAUCGCGCUAUGGUUCAGCGAGAAAGAAGUCGUCGGAUGGACACCAGCUGCCGUUAACUGGGUUUACGAGUAAAAGCACUUUAAUUCCGGUAUAACCUUACAACACGUGUGAUAGGUUAUUGGUUAUUUUUAAGUUAUUCCGUGAUCUAACAAAUAAAAUAUCUUAAUUUAA